AUGGCAUCUCCAAGAGGAAGGGCAUCAUUUCCCCUUUGUUUUUUUCUGAUGAUUUGCCUCAUGGCACAGCUGGGAGCUUCCAAUGUUGUACUCAUGGCAAACGACACUACCUUGUCGUUCUAUGAUGUGGAGGCAACUUUUACUCCAGCAGUGAAAGGUUCAGGUGUAAAUGGUGUCCUUUAUGCUGUGGAACCUAUGGAUGCAUGCAGUCCAUUGAGAACAAAAGCUAUCGAAGGCUCUGUCUCACCAUUUGCGUUGGUUAUAAGAGGCGGAUGCCAAUUCGACGACAAAGUUAGAAAUGCACAGAAUGCUGGAUUCAAGGCUGCUAUAGUAUAUGAUAAUGAAGACAACGGCGUCCUUGUUUCAAGGAUUAUUGCAGUGGCUGGAAGCUCGUCUGGAGUCCACAUAUAUGCGGUGUUCGUCUCUAAGGCAUCGGGAGAGGAGUUGAAGAAAUAUUCAGGUCAAACUGAUGCAGAGUUGUGGAUAAUACCAACAUAUGAGAACUCAGUUUGGUCAAUCAUGGCAAUUUCAUUCAUAUCACUGCUUGCUAUGUCUGCUAUCCUAGCUGCUUGUUUCUUUGUGAGGCACCAAAUAAGACGGGACAGGGCUCGACUUCCCCAAGCCCGGGAGUUCCACGGAAUGAGCAGUCAAUUAGUAAAAGCAAUGCCAAGUCUUAUUUUCACAAAAGUGCAAGAAGACAACUGUACAUCAGCAACAUGCGCCAUUUGCUUGGAAGACUACAGUGUUGGAGAAAAGCUAAGAGUGCUACCUUGUCGCCACAGUAUGUUUCUCUCACAUCUAUUUAACUGA